AUGGGUGGCUUUGCUACGACGCUUUUGACUCUAUCACUCGCCAUGAUGGAAUUCCGCGGUGUUUCCGUCCAAACUGUCUUCAUUGGGAACUUCUGCUUCAUUGGUUGCGUUGCACUACUUGUUUCAGCGCAAUGGGAGGUGGUGAGAGGGAACACAUUUGGCUAUACGGUGUUUAGUGCGUUCGGUCUCUUUUACGGUGGUUAUGGUGCUAUCCUGCUACCGACACUUGGCAUAUCUGAUUCCUACGGGGGCAAAACGAGCGAAUACUAUAAUGCGAUGGGAUUCUUUGUUCUGAGUAGGUUCAUAGCAUUCGAGACAUACCAUGAUCACUCAUCUCGCAAUACAGUUUGGACCGUACUCAACACAAUCUUCCUUGUUGCGAGUUUUUCAAGAAACAUGGUCUACUUUGGAACGUUUCUCGCUAUCGAAAUAUGCUUUGGCCUCGAUGCCACAGCAAAUUUUAUUCGAGCGGACGGAGAUAUUGUCACGAGUGCGAUGAUCAUGAAAAUAGGCGGCGUAUUUGGAUUUAUUGCUGGGCUGCUUGGCUUCUAUAUCACGGCCCACGAUCUCUGCCAUGACAGUUUGCCUUUUCGUCUUCCAAUGGGUGAUGUAACGUCUUUGGCGAAGGCAGAAAGACAUAUCGCAGAGGAAGCUUAG